AUGCAUCCUCCAGCACGUCAACACUCAACAGGCUCACUGGAUCAAUUCGAUCCGGUGAUGGUGACUCCGGUCAUUGGAAACGAGUUCACUAAAGGGACAUGCAACAUUGUUGAUGAUAUCUUACGCGCUCCAGAUGCCGAGAAGCGCAUUCGUGAUUUGGCUAUCAUGAUCGCCGAACGAGGAGUUGUCUUUUUCCGCGCGCAGGACAACCUCACCAACGACCUUCAGAAGGAACUGAUCCUUCGCAUGGGUGAACUAACUGGUCGCCCAUCUACCAACGGCCUGCACAUCCACCCUGUCACAAACGACGCCCGCGAGUUCGGCGACCCAGACCCCGAAAUUAGCACCAUCAACUCAGAGGGCCGCAAGAAAUUGUACAAGGGAUCGAACUACACCAAAAUGGCUGCUGUUUGGCAUAGCGAUAUCUCCUUCGAGCCUGCGCCAGCUGAUUUUUCGUCGCUGCGGUUGACCCAGCUGCCAAAGACUGGUGGUGAUACUCUUUGGGCAUCAGGAUAUGAGGUCUAUGAUCGAAUCAGCAAGCCUUAUCAGAAGUUUUUGGAAACUUUGACUGCCACCCAUGACGGUGAGGGCUUUAGGCGCAUGGCCCAGUCUGGCAAAUUCCAUAUCUAUGAUAAAGAGCGAGGGUCACCUGAGAAUGUUGGUGGUGAUCUCUAUGCCAUUCACCCUGUCGUGCGAACUAACCCUAUCACGGGCUGGAAAUCUAUCUUCCCAAUUGGCUCCUUCCCAUCUUGCAUUAACGGACUGAACCGCCGAGAAAGCGCAAACAUGCUCCAGUGGUUCCAUGAUCUCAUCACAUACGGGCACGAUCUCCAGGUUCGCUUCAAGUGGGCCCAACCCAACGAUAUUGCCAUUUGGGACAACCGCAGUGUCUUCCACACUGCGACAGGUGACCACGAGGGCUUCGGACCGCGCAGUGGAAACCGAGCUGUCGGUGUUGGCGAAGUCCCUUACUUUGAUCCUGCGAGCAAGUCGCGUCGGGAGGACUUGGGUAUUGUGGAGGACCUUUCACCAUGCCAUCUGUAG